AUGGUUAAUCGAAGUUAUUGCUCACCGGACAAACUUUCACAAGCUAUUUUACAGGAAUGCUACGAUCGAUUUGGCGAAGGCUUCAACAUUUCAAUAAUCCAUAUUUGUGGUAUAGAUGCUAUUGAAAAUAAUACAAGAAUACUCUCUACUCAAUAUCCUCUUGCCGUUGUCGAUCGACCUAGAUAUGAUAGUAAAACUUUAUGGAAAGAAAUUCUUGAAAAUGCCACACCCGACAAUCGAGAGAGAUUAAUUUGGAUUGCACCUUGGACAGGUGAAAUGAGAAGUUCAACUCAACCUCGAAAACUUUUAACGAAUGUUACUUCGGAUCAUGUAACUUUUCGCCAAGAUCUUCGAGAUGGUUUCAAUAAAUUGAAUUUUUCUGUUUUCUAUUACACAUUGUAA